AACCGUCUCCUGUCUCCCCCAGGGCAGCGGGUGAGCGCUACCGCAGGGAGAUGCUGGCCCACGGCGGGGGCAAGGAGCCUCUGCUCAUGGUGCAAGGUGCCCUGGUCCCACAAUGCCGUAAAGAGGGCUGUCGGGGGCGGCAGGCUCCACCCCACAGGCAGAAUGCCCCUUUGGUGAGAGUGCGCCAAGCGCCCGGGUGGCCUCCGGUUGGGCCACUCUCGGUCCCACGUUCAUCACUGAGGCAAGCACCGCAGCAGAGGAGUUCUGGUGCCCUUCUUCGAGUGUCGUUCCUCCUUGCGCUCACCAAGACCCUGGACAGACAUCAACUGAGCACCAGAUAGGAGCCAAGUGCCCUGGUGGUUGCUGUGGGCAGAUGGUGAAGUUAUGGUCCCUGCCCCGAGGAGGUUGAAAUCUAGCAGAAAAGAGCUAAAUAAUGGAUGAUCGUAGACACUGAGGUGACAGAACUGGCCCCGCACAGCACGCGGGCCUGGAAGAAGGAGGUCGGUGUGGUGACGCCAGGGAGCUGGGAGGAGCACAAGGGGACUUCAGGGGUGAUUACGACUGAGCAGAGUGACCUGUUCAAUACAGAUUUUUAUCAUUUUUUAAAUCUACACAACUUUGUAAAAACACCAGAGGAUGCAGAAUAAGCAAGAAAGUGACCGCAAUAUGUUAGUAAGCCCUCGUACCAACCUGUGGUAGGUAUGAUAUAUUGUUUUAAAACCUGCCUUUUUUCCUUUAAAAUAAGACCAUUUUAAUUAUGAUAUUUUUCUAUACCAUUUUAAUGGCUACAUAGUGCUAUUGAAUGUUUGAGGGUUUCAGACAGAGAUUAACAAGUAGAAGCCGUCUUUCCCACCCACAGCAGUGGAGAGGCCAGACUAUCCGCCUUCUCCUAGUUCAGGCUAAAGUGGGAGGCGACCUCGUAUGUAAGACAUGAACCAGGCUCGCUGACCCUGUGCCUCUGCCCGGACCCUGGAAGAGGCCACAUCGGGGAAAGCCUAAAGCCGACCAUGCCCCAGGCUCCCACCCGCCCUGCCCCCUGACCUGGGGGAGAGGCAUGGAGAACAGAGCAGUUCUCCCAGCAGAGGGCCUUUGAUGGCUCCAGCCAGCGCCUGCUGCCUCUCUGGGGAGGAGGAUGGAUGGAGAGAGAGGCGGGGGUAUGGAGGAAAGCCCACCGACCAGAGGCCGGGGAGGAGGCACUCCCUGCAAACGCGGGAACGGCCCGCUGCUCCUUUAACUGACCCACUCCGGGAGAGGCAGUCUGUUUCCAAACAACAUUGCAAUAAAUGCCUUUGUAAGUAA